AAGCUACUCAAACCCCAAUGGUUUCUACUCGCAGCCGCACUAACUCGGGCUCGUCAUCCGCCGCUGAGCUUCCGCAGAAGCGCUCGGCUACCGCGGACGCGUCCAAACGCCCCACCAAAAAGUCUUCGACUCCCAAGGCAGCCGCCAGCGAUCUGGCCGUGGGCAAGCCCGUGACUGUGAACGUGACGCUUGUCAACCAGGAAGAGAAGGAGGUCGUGAUCGCCGACACGUUCCGCGACCAGGGAGUCGUUUUCUUCAUGUACCCUCGCGCCAACACUCCCGGCUGCACCAAACAGGCCUGUGGCUUCCGGGACAACAUCCAGACCAUCAAGGACGCUGGCUUCACGGUCUACGGCCUGAGCGGCGACUCGCCUAAGUCACUGGCCAACUGGAAGACCAAGCAGAGUCUGCCAUUCGACCUACUGAGCGACCCGGAGCACAAACUUAUUUCGUACUUCGGCAGCUCACUGCCAGGCAAGAAGGUGCAGCGCUCGCACGUCGUCGUCCUCAAGGGAGGCGUCGUGGGCGAGAUCGCCGCCAAGGUGUCUCCUGCAGACAGCGUCAGCCGCGCCGUCGAGUUCGUCAAGAAGAGCAGCGGAACAGAGGCCCCCAAGCAGGAGGAACCCACCAAAGAAGAAGAGCCCACGGACUCUGAGAAGCUCGCGGAGGGCAACACCGUGACCUUCGACGUCGAGCUCCAGACGGACUCCUCGGCGACGGUGAAGGUUCAAGAUCUGUUCAAGACUCGUGGCGCCAUCUUCUUUAUGUACCCGAAGGCGGACACGCCCGGUUGCACCACCCAGGCUUGUGGCUAUAAUGACAACCUGGAGGCGAUCAACGCCGCCGGAUUCGACGUCUACGGCCUGGGCGCCGACACCCCCACCGAGCUUCUGGCGUGGAAGGAGUCGCAAAAGUACAAGUGCACGUUCCUAUCGGACCCGAAGCAUCAUCUCAUUGGCUACUUCGGCAGCUCCAUCAACGAUGGGACGCGUGUGGAGCGCUCGCACGUGAUCGUGCUUCCGGGCGGCAAGGUCGGCCAGAUCGAGCAUAACAUCUCGCCGCAGGACAGCGUGACUAAGGGCCUCGAGUUCGCCAAGAGCCACACCGUCGACGCGGCCAGCAAGCUCUACCGCAACUGGUUCCCAAGUGAUGCUGAGACGCCCAUGAGGGAGCUUGUGGUACGCUCGAUCGACGAGAUGGACGACAUCUGCAAGCAGACGAACAACGCUCUGGGCUUGAAUCGCAACGGAUAUCUGUUUGCUCAGUGGCUACCGGCUCUCAACCGAGGAGAUCUGGACGGCAGUGACUUGCUAAUUGGCAUGGAUACUGUUGCAGCUGUCUUCCCUAAUCUCAAGGAUUCAAAUUCUUUGGCUGCACUGCAUGUGCGACGCUGUGGAUCGCUAAACCCUGUAAAGGUGGCCAACUAUGAACUCAAUAAAGCAGUUGAGUACUGUCCGAAAGCGGAGGUGCUCCAGGGCAAGGUCACGGACUUUUCAGCUACUGGUGGCAAUGUGAGUGGCGUCAGAGUCGCGAUGAAUAAUGGAGAAACCUACGACGUGCCCAUUAUCAAUGAACUUCACUGUCGUGCUAUUGUCGACGAUGUGGAUCGUGUCUUGCCGCCUACGAUGCCGCUGACAUUUGAUUCGGAUCCGAUGGGAAAGCUCGAGAUUUCCCGAAGUCUGCGUUCGUGGCCUUACCAGGAUGUUCCCUCAAGUAAAGUCGUAUCUGAAGCGGUCUGA